UGGCAAGUUUCAGACCAUGGUUCAGCGCUUGCUGUAAAUUUUGAUAAUGAAUUACAUAUCUAACUUUAGAAUUAAAAUUGGGUAUUAAUUUGAAACUUUAGAUCCCUCUGGUUGAACAGACUCUGGGCAAAAGGGUAAUUCAUUGUGCAAAUCAUGUAAAUACUCGGGAUACUCUAAAUCGACUUCAAAAACAUAACCUAUAUUAGAAUUUUUAUCGAUAUUCAUAAAAUUUAAGUUUGAAAUUUCUUCUUCUGUUAGCCACGUAAAGUUACCUGUUGGUAGAUAUUGUGACAUGGCUGCUCCAUAUAAAUUGGUAGCAUCCAAGUACAUAAUGUAGGAAGUAGGUUUGGAAGCGUCGUAUAUAGACAUAAAUUUAUUAUUCGCGAUAGCUUUUCUAACACUACAUUGACUGACACCGCCGCGAAUCCCGUGUUUAAAGAAAUGUAUCAUGUCUAGAUCUGUCAAUAAUUCCAGCUCGAUAGAUGUAGUUUUUAAAGCUGCGUCAAAGGACAGAGAUGGUGCGGUGAAGUAUUGACAAGGAUCUAGACCGUAUGUUUGUAGACACACCUCUCUAAAAUUCUCAAAAACAUCAGUUAAUAAUAGUACGUCGGAUUUUAAAUAUAUAUCUGAAUAUUCGCUUAAAAAAGUUUGACAUUUAAAUAAAUUCCAUACGUUCAAUGCACGCUCGUAAUCUCCUUGUUUGAUGGCUUCUUUUCUAAGUUUGUUAUAGAAGCCAUCAAUGGGUGGAAGCUUGGUAUCGUCUAAUUUGGAAAAGGAAUCUACGUACGACUAUGGGAAAACACCCUUCAUACGAAUAACCUUAAAUUCUUCUUCGUUAGGGAAAAACUUCCUAACCUCGCGACACUGCUGUGAUGUUAAAUUUUGACUUAGUUUAUCUAGACUUGAUGCCAUGAAACGGAAACUAUCCAAAAAUCUUAAUUUUAAAAAUAUCUUUUGUUGUCGCUUUUCCUGGCCGUCAUCAUCAUCCCCCACCAUAAUAUAUUUUGUAAAAGAAAUAUAUCUUUCUUUGUUUUGGGGAAUGACGUCCAAUCGUUCUUCCUCCACAGCCAAUUCUUUUAUAAAAAGAUGGCUGUCAAAAUUUGACAUGUUGUGGAAGAACACAGGAAUAAAAUUAGGUACUUUAAAAUUUAGGUUACAAACAGAGUGAGUCGCACCUCGAUAAUUUCCUGUUAGAUGACAGUGGUCCCUUACUCUUUCAUCUUCUACAUUAAAAGGAGAUUCACAAAUAUGACAAUGUGUCAUCUGAUAAAACUCAGCCUCUUGUACGCUACUGAGAGGAGACAUGGAUACAAUAUCUUUCAUAAAUCGAUUGUAGAUUGAUUUACAACCAGUCUCUAACCAAUCUAUGAAAACUUUAUGUGCAUCAGGUCCUCUAAAAGUCUUGAAAAUCGACUGAGAAUUAUCAAAAUCGCAUUUAAUGUAAUAGGCAAAAGAAUAAGGAACGUGUUGGUGUGUUUUCACCGUAUAGGAAAUUUCAGGAUCCAACUCGUUUUGCUCUGUUUGUAUAGGUUCCAAAAUAGUUUCAAAAUCAGCUUAUACAACAAAAGGUACUUUUAAUUUUCGUUCGAAAUUCGUAAAUUUAAGGAUAUUCUCGGGAAUAUUUUCACCAUAUUUAUUUUUCUUUAAAUUAUCCGAAGGAGUUUCAACUACAACGUGACCACAAUCGUAUUUUUGAUGAUUUUCUAAUUUAAUAUCUGAAGAAAAAUAAACCAAGCAACCAUCGCAUAAGAAUUUUGAAUGUUGUUUGCCUGAAAGUUGUUUGGAGAUUAGGCGAGACAUAUUUCUUAUUAAACAAUAAUGAUUAUUGCCAGAAUCAUCACUGAUUAAUAACAAAUUCACAUGUCUAUCUGUCUUAUGAGAUCUAGUAAAAUACAAAGGACCAACAACUUCAAUAAUAUUCCUAUCAUGUUUAUAACCUUUCUCGAGUCCAUAAACAUUAAUAGAAAUAUUAUUGAGUUGUUCGAAUUUUGGCAACUGUUUCAAAGAUAUCGGAAAAUCUAUACCUGUCACAUCCAAUUCCUGCUCAAAUGGAUGAUAAUUCUGGACUCGGUUGGCGUUCUGAGUUCGGGGAACUGGGUGAAAGGCGGCUAAAACCGACCAUACAAAACAUUUCUGGUCAGUGUUUUGUAUGUUCAAUACAGCUUUUUUCGCUUCUAUUUCCUUCGGUAAUGGUAUGUAAGAUGAGGCUUUUAGUGGGUUGAUUUUAUUUACCCUUACAUCUACGUGAAGGAGUUGCUGGAGAGUCCAACCUAAUGUACAUGAAAAAAUAAUUAGUAUGGUGAAAAACAGAAAAAAUAUAUACUUAAGUAGGCAUUGGGCCACCUUAGACCAAGGUCAGCCCCGAUUUUCUCCCUAAAUUUAGGGAAAUUUUACCGUCCAUAGUGCCCCACCCUAUGUAAACUUAUAACAUAGCGUAUAUGUAAUUUCCCUAAAUCUACUGAAUUUUAGAUUUGGCAACGUCGCAUAUCGCCGAGCGCCCGGCAACACCGCAUCUGUCAAGCGCCAGCGCCAUCUACCGCGUAAUAUCCCUAACCAUAUCGGACAGCGCCACCUACCGUGUAAUAGACCAACGUCACCUAGCGGGUAGCGCAGCGCCAUCUAUCGAAUCUAUCUUAAGUUAUAUGACAAACGCCAUCUAUCAUGUAAUAUCCUAACGACAAACACCAAACGCCAUCUAUCGUGUAAUAUCCUGCACCACCUAUCGGGUAGCGCGACACCAAACACCAUCUAUCAUGUAGAAAGGUCACCUAGUGGGUAGCGCAGCGUCACACGGCCGAUGCUGAAAAUAAAAAAAGUCCUGGAACUUGCCGGGUUUGAACCGACGACUUCUCGAUUAGGAAUCCUGCGGGUUAACCAACGGAGCAUGUUCGCUUUUAAAAUUAUUUGUAUUAGAUGUCUAUAUGUAAGAGAUUACCUGGCGCAACCGCUUUGGGGGUUUAAAGCUGUCUCAAAGGUAUAGAUCACCUGACGAAUGAGGAUGUCAUUCAAGUCAAAUACCAUACAACACCAACACUCGCCCCAUGCCUUAUACCUGGGCCCCAUUAAUAUUUAUUAAAAUAAAAAAAUAUAUUAGCGCAUUCACCAUUUUAACAAGACUUCAAAAAUAAAAAAUAGACUAAAAAUAUUGUUUACUUACCACGAUAACUAUUUAAGAUGUUUAGGAUGCAGCAGCAGCAGCAGCGUAAGGUAAGUACAGGUAGAAUUUAAAUCAGGUAAACAUCGGAACAAGGUUGAAAUAUAUAUAAUGCAAAAACACGGGCAGUCAAACGCCCUAUAAAUUUAUUAGCUUAGUUAGUUAGAAAAAACAACCUAUUUUGGAUACAAAUUGUUAAAUCAAAAGAUAUAAAAAUCUAUCAUCUGUCAAAUGUCAAACGGUCGCGCGCCAAAACCAACUGGGUGCGGCGGCGGCGCCUUUUGUACGCACGCACGCGAGGUACAGGAAAAAUUUAAAAAGAAUGCAAAACAUACCCAAUACCAAACACCCUAUAAAUUUAUUAGCUUAUAAAACAUCCUAGUUUCGAUACAAUCAAAAGAUAUAAAAAAUAUGCUUUUUAAUGUAAAAUCUGGGCAAGGUUGAAAUAUAUAUAAUGCAAAACUACAAAAACCCACAUGCCUACCGAAUAAUAUAGCGCACAUAAUGAGGGAAUGAAAAAGACACAUUUAAAAGCUUCAAAAAAUAGGUACUCACCGGGGUUUAUUGUUAAUAUCCACCUAACACACACAUACACCUUUCUUCGAUACCACAUUUAAGUCUUUUCCACCAACCGCUAAAACACCCGUAAAGUUCUAAUACCGUAAAUAAACUGAAAAACAAUGAUCGAACGCCUGAGGUUUGCGAUUUAGAUUUGUUGAGACUUGUUGUUGGUAACGUCAUCGGCUGCGGCGUCGGCGGUGUGAAUCAGCUGAAGGAAAUGGCGAUUAAAAUACUACCAUUUAAAUAUAGUAUUUUCUUAUCGCAAACAGAAAAAUGUUUAUAGUUACAGAGUGUAUUAAAAAUAAUAAUAAUUAAAAAGGGUCGAAAAGGUAAUUAGAAUUACACAAUAUUGCGUAACAUUACACCAUACCUUUACCGUUCUACCUCUGCACACGUCACUACAGCUGUCAAGGUAUAAAAAGGACGACACACCCAACCCAAAUCAGUUCUCUUCGAGAUAUUGCAGGUGUCACAUCGUAGUACCAGCAGCGGAUAACUUAACCUCAAAAAUGGAAAAGUUUAUUGUGAUUAAAGAUUCAGUGAAAAAAGUUCCUCGUUUCGGUCUUACCGGACGUAAGACGGAAUUUAAAAUAAAACCAGUGCCCAAUGGUGAAGAUCCUAUUAAAUGGACGAAGGGGGCCAUAGAAGAUAUUUUGAAGAAAGGGGUCGAGGGCGUAGCCCCAAGUGAUCAAGUGGGCAUAAAUUUCUGUUCCAAAGACUUUACAAGGGGCGAUGGAUGGAUCAAUUUCAAACCGGCCAGCGGUGUAACUUUCGACGAUGUGUGGAAAAUGAUAUCGGGUAUUUAUCAAUCGAAUAGUACGGGCCUAAAUACCGAGACUUUCUGCCUCGACUUCGCGCGAGACAUCACCGGGUAUUAUUACCCCGGCGAGGAUUUCGCCUACAUUUUGUCGCCUCAACCGGCUCCAGGGCCCUGUCCCCCGCAGCCCCUGGAGCAACUCUGGGCCGACCAGGUGGGGGAGGUAUUUAUGACCAUAUGGGCGGACACCACAGAUAAGGUGGUGUAUGUGUAUUACACCACCGCCCAAGAAGAAAAUAUAGACGUAUAGUAAAAAAAUAAUUUGAAUAAAGAGAUAUAAAAAUAUUGAGAUGUUUUCUUUUACAUAACCCACCUAUAAUUUUUAUUUCAGAAAAAAAAAUACAAAGUUUUAAAAAUACCGUUUAUUUAAAAGCCUAGC